AUGGCGACGAAAUGUUAUUUCAGCAACUCUAUGGUAAGUUAACCUCUUCAUACCUUCUUUUUGAUGUGUUAUUUCGACGCAAUGUUUUCGUUUUAUAGUGUAAAGACUCCAGUAAUGUAUCUUAUACUUUCAGCCAUCUCGAUCGGCAUUGAAAAAGGACAGCACGAUUCAGGAGAAGGUUAGAAGAUGUACAACAGUCGAAGGCAUCCUCAACGUUCUCAAUAUUCGCCAUCAAGGAAGUGAUGCUGCCUGUGCUGGCUUGGAAAUGUUUUCUACGAUGGAGUUUCUGAAGCUGAAUCCGAUGGAAUUGAAAGAGUUGGAAUUUACGGAUGGAGACAUCGACAAGAUUAUGAGAGCGACAACUUGUGAUGCAACUCCGAAGGUAAGCUAUUUUGUUUGUUUUGGGACUUUUAGGUAUUAAUUUUGCAUGGAAAGGAGAUUUUGAAUUUAAAGGGGGUAUUUUUGUUGGAUUUUAAGGUAUUCAAAAGGUUUUUCUUAUGAAUUUGGCAAUUUUUCGCGUCGAGUUUGACCUAAUGGGUGUAAUGUGGCGUAAUUUUGGAAACGACUACAGUUCACUAUUCUAAUGACAAAUGUCUUUAAAAUUUAUUAUCUUUAGUACGACUAUAAUCUUAUGUUGUUAGUUACAGCCUCGACUAGCCGUUUGUCCUCAACGACGCCUCAGUUUCGCGGAAUCCUUAACCACCGUUCAUCAGAUCUCUCCAACUGCUUCUUCGGCAUCGUUGUCUUCUUCUAACUUCAGUCUAAGCAACGGAAGCGCAGAUAACCGUUUUAACAGUAUGUUGAAUGCUACACCUAUCAGAAGAACGUCGAGAGACGACAAGGACAACGUUUCUUCGUUCAGAAGGGUAAGUGGUCUAGUGUAAUAUUACUUUUUGGAAGUUUGGUGCAUGUGGGGUUAAAAGUCGUUAUUGGAGUUGAAGAGUGUAUCAUUGGGUUACUGUUGAUUUGUAAAUAUGUUAUAUUAAGUUACGUAUCUGAUUGAAAAUGGUAUUUCUUUCAGGAUCCCGAACCCACUUCUCCCAAACCCAAAGUGCGUGUACAAAACUUGAUCCAAUUCUUCAAUAAGGCCGAUGCUAAGCCUAUCUAUCCAUCACAGGAUCGACGUCGGUCCUUCUCUCGCAUCUCUUCAUUCUCACACACUCAUGUCGGUAGCAAAUGGGCUCGUGAAGAAAAUUAA